AUGGCGAUCUCGGUUGGGGCAGCUUGCCCAGUGCGAGGUCACACGGAGCGGAGGCGGAGUGAGCGUAGCGUUCGACAUUGCGGCAGCUCGAGCGCAGCGCAGCGCAGCGUGCUUUGGCGCUUCUGCCUCUGCUCCCGCCAAAGAGCGCGCGAGACGAGGCAAUCCUGUGUGGAAUUUCGGUCAAGAGCCGCACUCAGCUUCUUCGGUGCCACAAAGCGCCGAGACGCGCUGUCCUACGCACUUUUUGACGUGCCUCGUUUCCUCCCUCGCCUCGCCCCUUCCCUUCCCCGCACAGACGCCCGCUCGCCAGCCGAAAACCCGAAAAGAAAAAAGGUUCUCAAACACGGACCACCCGCCAAAAUCGAAAACUCGAGCUCGUCGGCGUUUUAUUCAGCGAUGGGCUCUUCCCAGGUUCGGCCAUUUGAAGAUCAGCGUUCAUCUAGGUUGGCCGAUGCCUUCCUUCGAUCGGACACAGUGUUGUAG